AUGUCUUCAGCUGCUGUUGCAUCUGCCACUCUCACAAAGACUGCUCUGAGCUUUCACUGCACGCCCUGCAUUCUCCAAGUGUUUCUGAACCAGCACCGCACCAUGCCUUUCACCCUUGAGGACGGUCCGGGACAGCACACCUCUGAGCUCCUCGCUGCAGCUCUCACACACUGCAGCCACCGGAGAACAGCCACAGCAUCCUCCUCUGCUGAGCCCGGGACUGCAGCCAGGAUGCGCGGGUGGGAACAGUUCACGGACAUUGGGCUGCUGCUGUUUUGUUCCCUGGCUUUGGCCGUGUGUGUGGGUAAUCUGUCCAGCAGAGGGCUCCAGGAGGAUGCAGUUGCAUCAAACAGCCUGGAGGAGGCGCUGGAGGUGACCACGUACUGGUGGGGAGAGUGGGCCAAGUGGACCGCUUGCACCCGCACGUGUGGAGGGGGCGUCAUGAGUCAGGAGCGACACUGCCUAAAGCAGAGAAAGAAAGUGGCGAAUGGAAAAGACAACAUGACUUGCAGUGGGAUGUCCAAGAGGUACCACCUGUGCAACACAAGAGCCUGUCCUGCAGCGAGCAGAAGCUUCAGAGAGGAGCAGUGUGAAUCCUUCAACUCUCAACUCUACAGCGGGAGGAGCUACCAUUGGAAACCGCUCUACCCAGAUGACUAUGUGCACAUCUCAUCUAACCCCUGCGACCUCCACUGCACCACGAUCGAUGGCCAGAGGCAGCUCAUGGUGCCGGCACGAGAUGGGACAUCCUGCAAGUACAGCAGCUACAGGGGCGUGUGUGUGAGCGGCCAGUGCGAGCCGAUUGGGUGUGAUGGAGUUCUUUUCUCCUCUCACACUCUGGACAAGUGUGGAGUGUGUCAGGGAGACGGCAGCAGCUGCAGCAGAGUCACUGGUAACUACAGGAGAGGAGCCACAACACUGGGUUACUCUUUCAUCACUCAGAUCCCUGAAGGAUCCUGGGACAUCCAAAUCAUUGAGAGGAAGAAGUCAGCUGAUGUCCUGGCGGUGACCGAUCAGGCCGGAAAUUUCUUCUUUAACGGGGCCUACAGAGUGGACAGCCCUCAAAACUUCCACGCCGCAGGAACUGUGUUCAAGUACCGGCGUCCCAUGGAUGUGUAUGAGACGGGCAUUGAGUACAUUGUGGCUAAAGGCCCCGUAGACCAGGCUGUCAACAUUCUGGUGUGGAAUCAGAAUGGUCGCACACCUUACAUCACCUAUGAGUACACAGUGCUGAGAGAUGCGCUCCCCCCAGUGCCUCCUCCACCUCUCUACACCGGAGCAGAUGGAGCAGACACAUCUAUGGAGGAGGGAGUUCUACACAACACCACACACCUUCACAAGGGGGUGCUGCAACCCACAGGAGCACAGGAGACUGCCGAGACCAACGAGGUGUACGAGGAAACGGACUCUGUGGACUGUGACCAUGAGACCUACAAAGGAAAUAGCAGCCACACAGACGGCACCGCAGAUCCUUCUUUGGCUUCUGGACCGUUGGAGGCGGGGGCUAACUCAAACCCAAAUCUGCUUUGGAGAGUGCUAAUGGAUGGGCGUUUAUUGGUGAACAUGUCGACCAAUCAUCUGCUGUCAGAAGGAGAGUUUUUCACAGACCUGGAGCCAAUGAGCAGCGUGGAACAAAAUGAAACACUGGAGUUCAGCUUUAGCCGAAAGAAUGAGAGCUCAGAGGGAGUCCACAACAAGACUUUUGCCCGUGGCAAUGGGCGCCAUAACCGCACCAGAGGAAACCAGAGGCUGAAUCAGAAGAACCUGAAGCUGAGUGCAGCCGACAUGUACCGCUGGAAACUGUCCUCUCAGGAGCCCUGCAGCAUCACCUGCUCCAUUGGAGUGUCCCGGUCCUUUGUCUCCUGUGUGCGUUACGACGGCGUGGAGGUCCAUGACAUGUACUGCGACGCUGUGACCAAGCCAGAGCCAGUGCACGACUUCUGCAUUGGGAGAGAGUGUCAGCCACGGUGGGAGGCGAGCAGCUGGAGUGAGUGCUCGCGCACUUGUGGGGAGGGUUUUCAGUUCAGACAGGUGCGCUGCUGGAAGAUGCUGUCUCCGGGUCUGGACAGCUCUGUUUACAGUGAUCUGUGCAUGGAAGCUGAGUUAGAGCGCCCCCUGGAGAGAAGAGCCUGUAAGAGCCCUGGCUGUGGGCCGCAGUGGGAGGUGGCUGAAUGGAGCGAGUGUCCAGCGAAGUGCGGACGUAGAGGUCAAGUGACUAGAGAUGUCCGCUGCUCCGAUGAGAGCAGGUUAUGUGACCUCUCUAGCCGACCUCCCAGUGUGAAAAACUGCACCGGCCCGCCCUGUGAGCGAAUGUGGACCAUGUCCGAGUGGGGCCCGUGCUCAGGUGGCUGUGGCGAGGGAAGAACCAUGCGCCAUGUUUACUGUAAGGCUCCUGAGGGUCGAGUCGUCCCUGAAAACCAGUGUCCAGCGGAGACCAAGCCUCUGUCCAUUCACCCCUGUGGAGAGAGGGACUGCGCUCCCCAUUGGUUGGCACAAGAUUGGGAACGGUGUAACACCACGUGUGGCCGUGGGGUUAAACACAGGGUGGUUCUCUGCGUUGGCAUCAAUGCAGGGAAGAUCCAGGUCCACAAUGAUGAGGCCUGUGACCACAACCUCAAACCGGAGGAGGAAGGAACCUGCUUUGAACGACCCUGCUUCAAAUGGUAUUCCACCCCCUGGUCUGAGUGCACUAAAACGUGUGGCGUUGGCGUGCGGAUGAGGGAUGUGAAGUGCUACCAGGGCAGAGAGCUGGUUCGGGGCUGUGACCCUCUGACUAAACCAGUGUCAAAACAGACAUGCACGCUGCAAGCCUGCCCCACAGAGCCUCCAGAUGAGAGCUGCCAAGAUCGGCCCUCUACAAACUGUCUCCUGGCUCUAAAGGUGAACCUGUGCAGUCACUGGUACUACAGUAGGGCCUGCUGCCACUCAUGCCGUGUGCUUCGACCUCCAGCCUCUUAA